GAUGUGAAUGACAAUGGUCCUGUGCCAGAGCCACGGAGCUUUGACAUCUGCAACAGACAGCCUGAGGAGCAGACAUUGUACAUCAUCGACAAGGACCUGCCCCCCAACACCUACCCCUUCAAGGCAGAGCUGCCCCACGGGUCCAGUAUCAACUGGACCGUCACUGUGGAUGAUCCAGACAUGGUGAAGCUGAAGUUGAGGAAGGAGCUGGAGCCAGGGGAGUACAGCAUCUUCCUGAAGCUGUGGGACGCCAUGGGCAAGGACCAGACCACACAGGUGAAAGCCCAGGUGUGCAGCUGCGAGGGGCCAGCCAAGAACUGCGAGCGGCGAGCGUUCAUCUCCGGCGGCAUGGGAGUCCCGGCCAUCCUGGGCAUCCUAGGAGGCAUCCUGGCGCUGCUCAUCCUGCUGCUACUGCUGCUGCUCUUUGUGAGGAGGAGGAAGGUGGUGAAGGAGCCACUGCUCCCACCUGAAGAUGACAUGAGGGACAAUGUCUACCAUUACGAUGAGGAGGGUGGUGGCGAGGAGGACCAGGACUAUGACCUGAGCCAGCUGCACCGAGGGCUGGACGCUCGCCCCGAGGUGAUCCGGCCCGCCAACCCCGACGAGAUUGGCAACUUCAUCGAUGAGAACCUGAAGGCCCCCCCCUACGACUCGCUGCUGGUGUUUGACUAUGAGGGCAGUGGCUCAGAGGCCACAUCGCUCAGCUCCCUCAACUCCUCUGCCUCCGACGGCAACCAGGACUACGACUACCUCAACGACUGGGGCAGCCGCUUCCGCAAGGUGGGUGAUGGCUGA